GAGGGGGGAGAGAGAAGGAGAGGGGAGAGACAGAAGGAGAGUGGGCUGGUUGGCAUUUGGCAGAAGCGAAUCAGGGAAGAAGAAGCCUGAUGGAAAGAGCCGGCGAGGAAACACAAAGACGUCUGUGACUCUCUGUGGCGUCAGGAUGACGGUCACAUACUCCAGUAAAGUGGCGAACGCCACCUUCUUUGGUUUCCACGGGCUGCUGCUGCGAUGGCGGGGGAGCAUCUACAAGCUGCUGUACAGAGAGUUCAUCCUGUUUGUGCUGCUCUACACACUCCUCAGUGUGGUUUACAGACUUUUCCUCACUGAAGAACAGAAGAGGUUGUUUGAGAAACUCUCCAUGUACUGUGAUAAAUACGCCGAGCAGAUUCCUGUCACCUUCGUCUUAGGUUUUUACGUCACCCUGGUGGUGAAUCGAUGGUGGAAUCAGUUUGUUAACCUGCCCUGGCCUGACCGACUCAUGUUGCUCAUCUCCAGCUGUGUUCAGGGUAAAGAUGAAUAUGGCCGCCUGCUUCGCCGGACAAUGGUUCGCUACGUGAACCUGACAUCGCUCCUCAUCUUCCGCUCUGUCAGCACCGCCGUCUGCAAACGCUUCCCGACCAUGGACCACGUUGUUGAGGCAGGUUUCAUGACUCCAGAGGAGAGAAAGCUGUUCGAGAACGUCCCCUCGCCUCACCUGAAGUACUGGAUCCCCACCGUCUGGUUCACUAAUUUGGCAUCCAAAGCUCGACAGGAGGGGCGCAUCCAAGACAGCAUCGACCUGCAGAAUAUUCUCACAGAGAUGAACAAGUUCAGGACUUGGUGUGCGACUCUGUUUGGCUACGACUGGGUCGGCAUCCCUCUGGUUUACACUCAGGUCGUCACUCUGGCUGUCUACACCUUCUUCUUCGCUUGUCUGAUCGGUCGCCAGUUUCUCGAUCCAGACCAGCAUUUCAACGGCCACGAGCUCGACCUCUACGUCCCCGUCUUCACCCUGCUGCAGUUCUUCUUCUAUGCUGGCUGGCUAAAGGUAGCCGAGCAGCUGAUCAACCCGUUUGGAGAGGACGACGACGACUUUGAAGCCAACUGGAUCAUUGACAGGAACCUCCAGGUGUCUCUGCUGGCUGUAGAUGAGAUGCACAUGAACCUUCCUCAGAUGACCAAAGAUAUGUACUGGAAUGACAGCGAGGCUCGGCCGCCGUACACGCUGGCUGCUGCCGACUACUGCAUCCCAUCAUUCCUCGGCUCCACCACUGACAUGGGACUUUCUGACAUCCUGCAGUUUGAUGAAGUUGAUGUUAGCGACAGCCGACCACGGCACCCAGAGACGGUUCUGACUUUACGCCAGGAAUCGGUUCUGGGUCGAGUCCGCCGGUUGCUAAGUGUCCAGGAGCCUCCUGAUCUUCGACCUCCACGCCCCAUCUUCAAACGACACAGCAGUGAUGCAACAGGGGGCUUCUUCCCAGACUUAAGGAGCUACCCAGGCCUAGCCAAAAUGCACCCACCCUCCCCUUUGGCCAUGCCUCCUUCUACCAAGGACACCCUGUCCACGGUCAAGGAGGUCAGCAGCAACCCUCCAUCCACUGAAGGCUCACCCUCAGCUGUUUUCCCACGAUUCGUCGUCAGCCCGCCUUUGACUGGGGGCACCCGUCAUAUCGUGGAUCCUUCUGGCAACGGUGAAGCAGCAAAACCUCAGAAUGGACUGGAUCCAUCCUCCACUGAGGAGAUACCAGGCUUGGAAACCACAAGAGCUGGCUCCUUGGUCUGUUGUUCCCCAACACAACUGGGCCCCAAGGAAUUCCGCUGGACGACACAAACUAUCCAGAAUCCCCCACAGACUCGACCACGUGGACGCCAGUUCUCCUUCCAGUUCUCCAGACAGUCCUCUAAGGCCUCGGUCCGCAGCCUACCAAGUCCUACAGGUCUAGGAAGACGGAGACGUGGCCUAGCUCGAUUCAAAUCCAGACGAUCGCCCGGACCUAAUACGGAAACUUUGCAGAUUCCUGACCUCGAGUACGACCAAGAUUUCCAAGGAACGGCAGGGACUGAGGACGACAGCAAGGAUGGAUCCAAUGGCAAUGAAGACGUCAAGAACUCUGAUUCCCAGUCUCAGAGCUCAGAAACUAAAUAAGAACCACCUACAGUAACAAACCACUGCCAAAAAUGAGCCGAUCUGCAUGCUGGUGUUGACUUUACUCAAUGGAUGAUUUCCAACUUUGACUGGGUGGGUUCAACUGAUUGUUUAGAAAGGGAAUCUUCUGCUUUUUCACUGGAGACAUUAUGGAUAUUGCAACCAAUGUACUUUGUGUGGUAGGCAGACACCUGCCAUGAAAGAAAGUUUAUGCCUGACUGAGUGAAACAAGCUACCACGAGUUGACCUUUUGUGGGCUUGAAUUACUGAUGAAAGAUUAGAAGAACUUCAAAGAAAAAAAAAACACCAAAACUUAGCUCUGGUGACUGGAAAAGUACUCAGGAAUACAGACUGGACUUACAACAAUUGUAGAACAUCUUUUCUAGCAGUAACUCUUCUGUGUUUGUGUAUUACACUUAAUAUUAUCUGUUUGUUUUAUUGCUGCUGAUAAUACACCAAAAACUGUGCUAAUAAACAUGUGUCAACUACCUAUCAACAGUAAGAAAGGUUUCCAACAAGUCAACCCAUUAGGGUUGAAAUAGCCCGCCCACAAAUAUGCCAUUAGCAUCCAUACAGUGCCUAUGAAAGGUACCCAUCCCCUUGGAUAUUUUACACUUUAUUUUAAAAACCAGUCAAAGUGUGGUCAAUAUAAUUUGUCUUUUUUAUUUUAACCUCUA